CUAAAUUUAAUUUUAAUGAGUUUAUGUUUCUCAUAAAAAUCUGAUUCUAUGUCAUUGACUUUAAAAAAAGGUUUAGUAUUGAUAUUAAUAUAAAGUACUUGAAGAAUAUAAUUAAUUAAAUGAAACAACUAAGGAACAUUAUGCUGUCAUUUUGAUUAAGGUGAUGAUAAAUUUGAUUACAAAUAGUAAAGGUAAAUCAAUUUUAAUAUAAAAGAGAUGACAAUGUAAGGUUUAACUCAUGAAAUAAAAACAGCAGGAGAAUAUUUAAUUAAUAAUGUUAAAGCUGGUCAUGGCAGAUCAGAAUUAGUAUUAAGAUCAACUUAAACUAUUUAUCAACAUUAUAUUAGUAAAGGCUUACAACACUUAAGGGCUGAUAGUAUGGAAGCCUUAAAGUAAUCACUUUUAGAAAUUUCAUAAGAACAAAUUGACAUUCUUGUACGAUCUAAAGAUAACAUUAAAACUUAAUGCUUAAAAUUCUUUAAUAAUAGAUUUGUAUUUAUAAAUUUUUAUCUUAGAAAGUUUUAGUAUUAGGAUAUUCAAAUGUUGUAUUAUAUUCUUUGAUAGAAGCAUUUAAGGCUGGGAUAGUUAUGCAAAUUUAUAUUCCUGAAUGUAGACCAAAAUCAGAAGGAAUAGAAACAUAUAGAUAAUUAACAGNUAAUUAUGUUUACUAUUAAUUAUAUUGA